GUGGAGCAUGUGGACAUUGGUGUUGGUUUAAGAUUGAAUAUUUAUUUGGUUCUGUUCUGCCAAUGUUCUUUUGCGCUGAAUGUCUCGACAAGAACAUUUAACAUAUACUGCAGAGAUCGCUGUUAAAUGCGACGUCGUGUUCUGUGACUGAUGAAGAAACACCCUGCCCCACCUGCCCCCACCAUCUUCCAUCAUAACCCCCUUUUCCCUUGCUUCUCGAGAACGUUGGAUAUUGACUCUGGCCCAUAACACGCACCUUGGAGAUCCUCCGUUGCAGAUCGUGUCAACGAAGAUUUUCACGAAAGAACAUCAUUGCUUCAGUGGUUCCUAGCAGUCUUAAAUCUCCGUCCAACGUGCAAGUCCAGUCCCUGGUUGACAUGGUCCUUUGUGAUCUGGGGGGAAGGUGAUCCUGGAGGAGAGUCAGCGUAGGGCGCGCUGGCACAGCCAUCAGCUGGCAACUGGCCUUCUGAUGUUCUUACAGUUUGAGAUGCCUAACAGAUUUCACACUGAAGCACGACCACAACCAUGCCCACAGCAACAUUUGAUGCGCUCGGUACCCUCCUAUCCUUUUAUCAUCCUUCCACUGUGUUCUGUAGCCUUUUCUCCCUCCCCCCGCAAGCAUUUCAGUUUCUCUUUGCUACAACCCUCAGGGACUAUAUGGCGGCUUCUCUCGCCGGCUCCUUCAUACCAUUAGUCCAGAUACUUGAAAGUGCCAUAGGUCGCACAUUGGCAAUUCACGGAGUUGAAUAUCAAACACGGAAGGAUGACUUUGACAAGGUUGUAAAGGCGUUUACUGAGGAAUUAACACUAGUGGAAGGUGGUUUGGAAGCAAUAAGAAAAACAGCGGAUGCUGGCUGGAAGGUUUUUGUUGUGACCAAUGGUGGACGGAAUGUCGUACAGGGUGCUAUUGAAAGAGGUGGUUUGGGAGAGUUGAUACCCAACACCGCCAUCAUGUCGUGUGAUGAAAUUGGUGUGGCCAAACCUCACAAGGAUGUAUAUGAGGCAGUAAAGAGGAAAAGGGACGACCAGGAGAUAUGGAUGGUUGCAGCACAUGCAUGGGAUCUGAUGGGUGCCAAAAGGAGGGGAUUCAAAACUUGUUGGGUGGAAGAUGAGGAAAAGCUAUGGAUGGCAGCAUAUCCGCCUCCGGAUGUUCGAGGUAGGAACCUGAUGGAAGCAGUGGAGAAUAUGUUAGCGUAUGCUAGAGAGCAUCAACCAAAAAUAAGCAAACCAGAAGCAUGACCGGCAAUGCAAAAGUGCUGAUAAAGCC